AUGAUCGCCAGAGGGAAGAAUGCCUCAGACCUCUUCCCAGCCGUGGUGAAGAAUGUGGCCUGCAAGAACAUCGAGGUGAAGAAGCUGGUCUAUGUGUACCUGGUGCGCUAUGCUGAGGAGCAGCAGGAUCUGGCUCUGCUGUCCAUCUCAACCUUUCAGAGAGGCCUGAAGGACCCUAACCAGUUGAUCCGGGCCAGUGCUCUGCGUGUGCUCUCCAGCAUCAGAGUCACCAUCAUCGUUCCCAUCAUGAUGCUGGCCAUCAAAGAGGCUGCCUCCGACAUGUCCCCCUAUGUGAGGAAGACGGCCGCUCACGCCAUCCCCAAACUCUACAGCUUGGACCCAGAGCAGAAGGACUGUCUGAUUGAGGUCAUUGAGAAGCUCCUGGCUGAUAAAACCACGCUAGUGGCAGGUAGUGUUGUCAUGGCCUUUGAGGAGGUGUGUCCUGAGCGCAUAGACCUGAUCCAUAAGAACUACCGUAAGCUGUGUAACCUGCUGAUCGACGUGGAGGAGUGGGGUCAGGUGGUCAUCAUCAACAUGCUCACGCGCUACGCCCGGACGCAGUUCCUCAACCCCAACAUGAACGAAUCCCUGUUGGAGGAGGGUGGUGGAGAGAACGCCUUCUAUGGCUCUGAUAAUGAUGAUGACACCGAAGAUGAGGAAGACGAGGAGAAGGAGAAGAAGAAGACUGAGGCGACUGCCAUUGUCAAGAGGAAGCCUUACGUCAUGGACCCAGACCACCGGCUACUGCUGAGGAAUACCAAGCCCCUACUGCAGAGCCGAAACGCAGCAGUGGUGAUGGCUGUGGCUCAGCUAUAUUUCCACCUGGCACCCAAAGCGGAGGUAGGCGUCAUUGCCAAGGCUCUGGUGCGCCUCAUGAGGAGUCACAGUGAAGUGCAAUAUGUCGUCCUUCAGAAUGUGGCAACGAUGUCCAUCAAGAGAAGGGGGAUGUUUGAGCCCUAUCUGAAUAGUUUCUACAUCCGCUCCACAGACCCAACCCAGAUUAAAGUCCUCAAGCUGGAGGUUUUGACCAAUUUGGCCAACGAGACAAACAUAUCCACCAUCCUGAGAGAGUUUCAGACGUACAUUAAAAGCAAUGAUAAAGAUUUUGUGGCUGCUACCAUCCAGGCCAUCGGCCGCUGUGCCACCAACAUUGGGGAGGUGAGGGACACCUGCCUCAACGGCCUGGUGCAGCUGCUCUCCAACCGCGAUGAGUUAGUGGUGGCCGAGUCAGUGGUGGUGAUUAAGAAGCUGCUGCAGAUGCAGCCCGAGCAACACAGUGACAUCAUCAAGCACAUGGCCAAACUCACCGACAACAUCCAGGUGCCCAUGGCGCGGGCCAGUAUCCUGUGGCUGAUCGGGGAGUACUGCGAGCACGUUCCCAAGAUCGCUCCGGAUGUCCUGAGGAAGAUGGCCAAGACCUUCACCAACGAGGAAGACAUCGUCAAGCUGCAGAUCAUCAACAUGGCUGCCAAGCUCUACCUGACCAACUCCAAACAGACAAAACUGCUCACUCAGUACGUGCUGAACCUGGCCAAGUACGAUCAGAACUAUGACAUCCGUGACCGGGCGCGCUUCAUCCGCCAGCUCAUUGUGCCCACUGACAAGAGUGGUGCCCUCAGCAAGUAUGCCAAGAAGCUGUUCCUGGCCCUCAAGCCUGCGCCCAUCCUCGAGUCUCCAUUUAAAGAUCGAGACCACUUCCAGCUGGGCUCGUUGUCCCACCUGCUGAAUGCCAAGGCUGGCGGCUACCAGGUGCUGCCCGACUGGCCCGAGGCCGCCCCAGACCCCUCUGUGCGCAACGUGGAGGUUAUUACGCUGCUCGAAAGAGUCACAACUUUAACCAGCGUGCCGGAGUGGACCAAGUGCAGCAGCCGCGAGAAAAGAAAAGAAAAGAAGGCGGACAAGCCAUUCUACUCUGACUCGGAGGGCGAGUCUGGCCCAACCGAAUCUGCUGACAGUGUAUCAGACACAGCCAGCGGCUCAGAGAGUGGCAGUGGCAGUGAGGAGAGCGGCUCGGGAUCCGAGAGUGAGGAGAGCAACGAGGAGUCCGAGUCUGCAAGUGAGGAGGAAGAGAAGAAGAAGAAAAAGAAGAAUGUGGAGAAGAUCAAAGCAAGGAAACCUGUUCCAGAAAGUGAAAGUGAGCAGAGCAGUGGAGAGGAUGAGAAGAAGAGUGAGAGGAAGAGCAAACCGCGGAUUGGUAGCUCCGAGUCUGAAUCCGAGGAGGACGAGGAUAGUGAAUCAGAGAGCAGCGAGUCAGAGGAAGAGGAGUCAGAAGAGGAGUCAGAUGAGGAGACCAAGAAGAAAAAGAAGGUGGGUAAUGAGAGAGAGACUCGGAAAUACACAUUCUACAGCACACACACACACACACACACACACACACACACACACAGAGACGUAACACACACAUUCUACAUUGGCAUUAUCUGAUGGUUGGCAUAAAGCACAUUUUAUAUUCUUCGAUGUCAACAUUCCCAAUGUAUACAGUAAACUAAUAAACUUAAAGGGCAAUUCUGCCACUUUUCAACCUCAUAUUCAUAAUCUCCAGCACCAACCAGUGUCUACAUAUGUGAAAACAGUGCGUUUCUGUGGUUAAAAAGACAAGAAGAAAGGUCAUAAAGAAAUGCUUCUCUGUGACAUCACA